CAUCAGUCCACUAAUACACUGCACUAAUAGGAUUGUUAGGAGCGACUUAGUCUCCGAUGCUCCUUCGCAUGUUCAGUUGUUCAGUCACAGUCCGCUGAGCCUGAGGGACAGACAUGAAGGACCUCCAUACUCCAGGCAUGUGCUAGGAAUGCACGACAUGAGGAAAAUCAGAUUCCUCCCAAAGCAGAAAGGGAGCAAGAGUUCAAAAGAUGAGGCUCAGGUAAUGGAUAAGACACCAAGGAAGCCCUUGUCCCCUGCUCGCACGAGUGCCGUCCCGAAGCUGAGCGAAGCAGAGAGGAUGACGCAGACUCCGUUCGAGAGGGUCGUCUACGACAUGGUCCACAACGAGAAGAUGGCCAACGAGCUGAUGUUAGGGAGGAGGGUCGGCUUCUACGAGCUGCGAGGGGAGAUCGGGCAGGGGAACUUCUCCACCGUCAGGCUGGGCAUCCACGCCUUGACAAAAGAGAGAGUCGCUAUCAAAAUCAUGGACAAGAUACGUCUGGAUAAAAAGAGCCAGCCGAUGAUGGUCUCAGAGAUCAACUGCAUGGAGAAGCUGUGCCACCCCAACAUCGUGCGGCUGUACGAGGUGAUGGAGACGAGCAGGAAGCUGUAUCUGGUGAUGGAGUACGGCAGCAGUGGAGACCUGUUCUCCAGAAUCUCCACCAGAGGGAAGGUGAACGACCUGGAGAGCAAGAUGGUGUUUGCACAAGUCAUCUCUGCUGUUAAACACAUGCACGACAACCACAUCGUGCACCGAGACCUGAAGCCGGAGAACGUCUUCUACACCACCAGCCACUGCAUCAAGGUGGGAGAUUUCGGCUUCAGCACAGAGAACCGGCCCAACGAGCUGCUCACUAACUUCUGCGGCUCUCCCCCGUACGCUGCUCCUGAGCUCUUUAAGGACAAAGGAUACGUCGGAUACUACUCGGACAUCUGGGCUUUGGGUAUCCUCUUGUACUUCAUGGUGACGGCCACGCUGCCUUUCUGUGGGGAAAAAAUGGGGAGGUUGAAGCGCAGCAUCCUCCAGGGGGCUUACAGCGUCCCUGCUUAUGUGCCGGACCCGUGCCAGCUGGUUAUUAAAGGCAUGCUGCGACCUGUGCCUAACGACCGCUCCACGCUCACGCAGAUUUUAAACAGUACUUGGCUAACGGGGAUCAACUACCCUCCCCCUUAUGUGUCGCUGCCCCUCUCCCCGGCACAUUUCACCCAGGUGAACCAGGCUCUGAGUGUGGAGACGGAGGUGAAGAGCUCUCUGUCAGAUCUGGGUAUUGUUACACCGCAUUUACAAAACAAUCACUGUGUAGACUGCCGGAGCCCGCUGACCGGGACCUACAGGAUCCUCCUCCACCGGGUCCAGAAGAGGAGGUCAGUGGAGGCCGUGGGUUACUCAGCACUUCACCCUGACGAGUACGGGACUUCCAAACAGUGGUCUAUAGCUCCUAUGGAUAAACACAAUCCCUCAGCUGUCUGUGUUGUACUGUAAAGAGAAAGAGUGGUGCAGGAAUGAGUCCAAACCCCAGAUAAGACUUCUGGUUCCCAUGUAUCGAAGUCAAUGGUUUUCGUAAGUGGUUGUGGUAAGAAGCCUAAAAUAAGGACUGGGGUUUAUACACGCUCAUGAGAUUCUUCCGAAGCUUCUAUAUGUCAUAAAACAGCGGUUGCUAACAAGUGACUUAUUAAACUACCAAACCUCAUCACACCACCACGAGUCCGCCUUUAGCUUAGCGAUGGUGAACCGAAGUCAUGUGACCAGGAGUUCGUUGAUAGCCUAGCGUUAGCUCUUUACUCCUGCAGAUUGAGUUUAUGCUUUAAAAACGUAAAGUGGUGCUAAUAUAUGGAGAUUAUCCGCCGAACAAAUGUUUUACUUAUCAUAAACGUGUGCUUAUAGUUCUGCUAUAAACUAAUCCAAUGGGUGAAAUCCCUAUGCUUUUUACCUAGGGACCAAUUAGCGAUGAUAACUUAUGGGUCCACGUACAAAAAGACGUCAUCACUACGAUUUAUCACGUACACAUGUGUCCAUUUGUUGGCUAACACCCCUUCCAUCACUUCAGGCCCCUUUUCUCUGUGAGGCGUUUGUGUUGCGUUUUGUGCAACACUCGACUGAAAUGGAGACAAACGGAGGUCCGGGAUCUUCUGUUCCUCUGUGUAAGUCAAUUAUAGCUUACACGCGAGGGCACAUCUUCUAAGUAAUCAGCUAUGGCUUUGUGUCAUGAUUACAUCACAGAUAAAAGCUAACUGACGCGCGUGUAUCAAUCUCUGUGUGGUUAUGAGCAUCUCCCAAGCCCUCUUCAGCACAUAAAUCUACUGAACUAAUCCGGGGCUGUAGGUAAUCCUGAUAAAAUGGACACCGAGGACAUGCUUGGGUAGCAGAAAUGAAACCUAAGACUGGAAAAAUGUCCUGGGGUGAAAAUAAUGUAGAGCAAAUUAGAACCACAUGAGGGCAGAACAAUGGACAGUGUAAGAAAGCAGUCUGCAUCUGUUACAAGUGUGUGAUAAAACUAUUACUGAUGCCGGAAAUGCCUUUAUUAAAUGUAGAAAUGUAUUUAAUAUUUUGUAAAUCUUAUCAACAUAUCAUGAUUGUCACAAAGAGUCUUUAGUGCAUGGAUUGUUUUACAUUUUGCUCGACUUCAAUCUCAUUUUGUUGAUGUAUAUGAUAUGUUAAGCAUGGUGCUAAUGUCUGCCUAUGGUUUAUGGCAAUGCUUUAGCAAAUGCUCAAUGGAUACUGGCCUGCACUUCAUGCUAUUUUAUUUAGCAAGGAAGAAGGCUAUAUGCAUUUAUC